AUGCCAACACACGAGGAACAGGCGCGUAUUGCGCGGAAUAUACCCAACCCUUUCGAAGACAAAGUACCGCGUAUCAAUGAAUAUACCGCGAAGGAGAUCGCGACUUUGCAAUCUCGGCUAGACAAACAAUUAGGCCCGGAAUAUAUCUCCACGAGACCGGGAGCAGGAGGACAACGGCUACACUAUGUGACUUCAGAGAAGCUGAUCAACCUUGCCAAUGAAGUGUUUGGCUUCAAUGGCUGGUCAAGCUCAAUUCAAAACUUUCAAGUUGACUUCGUGGAUCAACUCAAAGAUUCCCGUAUAAACAUUGGAUUAUCAGCCGUUGUCCGAGUCACAUUGAAAGAUGGCACCUUUCAUGAGGAUAUCGGCUACGGCCAAUGCGAGAAUUCCAAAAGCAAAUCACAAGCUUUCGAGAAGGCGAAGAAAGAAGCAGUGACAGAUGCCAUGAAGCGGUCCUUUCGGUCAUUCGGCAACCUGCUCGGCAACUGCAUCUACGACAAAGACUAUCUCUCCCGUGUCAGCAAGUUAAAAGUCGUACCGGCAAAAUGGUCGGAGGACAACCUAUACCGACACGUGGAUUAUCGAAAGCCAGAGCCAAAACCUCAACCAAUUGAGACAAAUCCUCGCAAUGGAACUGCUGAGACAGCCGCAAAGCCUGCAUCCACAACAGUUCCUGAGCUUGAUAGCUUCGGGUAUUCCCUCGACGCGUUUGACGACUUCGAUGAGUCAAACUUUGUCCCCGCCGGAGCCGUGAUUUUAGAAGUUCAGCCGAAAGCAGAGCCCGAAAACAGGGCAUCCAACGCGAACCAACCGCAACAGCAUCAACAGCCGCCGCAACAUACACAGGCCCAAGCUCAAGCUCAGCAGGGUCGACCCCAGCAGCCCCAACAGCAGCGGCCGGUUCAACCAAAUCCUCCAGCACGAAAUACACCUCCGGGACAACCCCCAGCCCAUGGAGGACAACGAGUUCAAUCGAAUCAUCCAAAUCAUCAAGCGCGAACAACCCCUCCGGGACAAGUUCCAGUCCAAGGAGGACAGCAGAUUCAUCUAAAUCAGGCAAGAAGGCCUGACGCCAAUCAUGCCGGUUCUGUGCCUCCACAGCAGAGACCAGUUUCUACAUCUGGACCCGGCGACGUUUCUACCGCAGCUCCUCAAAAGCAAACCCCUAGUCCUCCGGGCCAGUCGACUACCCCCGGGCAACAAGGCAAAGGGCACUCGGUCAUACACAACGGCCAGACUUUCAUCCUCCCACCUCCACCUCAGCAAAAGCCACUGCCCACAGCUGCUCAAGGACCCAACGCAAGCCGACAAGUUAGGAACGGGGGACCUGUCCAUCACCCAAAUCCUGUCCGACCUUCACAAUCUGGAACCGGGGGCACUGGGUUGGCUGACGCACUUGCCCAUCUGGCUGCAAACGCACCACAGCUGCCACAACAAUCACAGCAAGGACAGCAGGGACAGCAGGGACAGCAGGGACAGCAGGGACAGCAGGGACAGCAGGGACAAAACGACCAGCCUCAGCUGGUUGGAUUUGUGACUGGUCACGCGGCUGAGGCCGUGCAGCAGGCACUCAAUUCCGCAGCACCCCUCCCUGCAGACAUCCCCGCCUUCAACCCCAACGCCGAAAGCUCCUCUCUUCGCCGGUCCCACCUAGUCAACCAUAGCGUCUCCCGACCGAUACGAAGAUCGGAGAUCGGCGGUGCAAAUACGAACACGAACGCGCCGAAUCGAGUUGAGUCUCCAGGACCCGUCUCACGAAACCAGAGUCCUCGACCAUUUCAUCCGGUACAUCCAAACGGCCAGCAACCUCACCCCUCCAAUUUCGCCCAACCGGACACAAAUCGACGCGUCGGAAUGCCGCAGAACCGGAACAGCCCACUCGCGAAUCGAAAUUCCUACAAGCCCCCGACUUUUCAGCCAGGGGUGAAGCGGCCGGCGGAGGCGAUGGGAGGAGCACCGAGACAGCCGUUGGCGGACGUGAGCAACGUGCAGACCGAGAAGGUUAGCGAGGGGCCGGCGCAGAAAAAGGUCAAUAUUGAAGGGGUUCAGGGGCAGGAGAUGAUGGACGUCUGA